UCCAAAACCCCGGGAAAUUUACCGACACAUGAUAUUUUUCUGUGUUCAACGUUCUCUUGUUGGGCCCAUGUAUUGUCACAUCAUUCAUACGGGAUAACUAUUAAUUAGUAAUUUACUAAUUACUACUUUUGUUAUUUAUUUUACAAUACACCAAAAUACAAGUUUCUUCCUUGGUUUGGGUGUAACAUGGCUGACCAAGAAGCGGAUGAACAAGCGCACAAGAGGAUACGACUCGAAGACGACGACAUAGUAUACAUAGAUUUGGGAGAUGAUGAUGGUGAACCCUUUCCUGUCCAGAGUAGACCACCAAGGCGAAUCAGACGUACAAAGGAUACGAACGAUGUUAAUAAAGAAUUUCACGGAGGAUCUUCCAGUUCCAAGGUCAUCCCUUCAACCUCUGGAACACCACCUUCUACUAAACCAAAGAUCGGCUAUGGGACAGGAGAUGGGAAAAAAGUUUCGCAAAUCCAAAAGCUUCAGGCUGCUGCAAGGAUGGAGACAAACAAUAAGACAAGCCAGAAAGACAUACUUCUAAGGAAAGGAAAGAAAAUCAAGGGGUGUACGUGGGUGGAUCGAAACUUGCCUUCCAAUUUAGAUGAAUUGUUUGUUCACAAAAAGAAGGUGGAGGAAGUCACUUCAUGGAUGAAGGCUACGAUGAGCAGUAAUCGAGCUGUUCGUUCGAGUAAAAUAUGCGUUGUAACGGGACCUUCCGGAGCUGGCAAAACAGCAACAGUUUUCUUAGCCGCAAAAGAAUUGGGUUUGGAAAUUAAAGAAUGGGUUAAUCCAAUGUCUUUAACUGACUACAAUGCGGAUCGACUGGGAAAAUUUGAUCCAGAUGACAUCAAAGUUGAAAGUCAAUUUGAUAUAUUUACCAAUUUCCUUUUCCGAGCGUCCCAAUAUUCUACAAUCCCAAUAAAAGGGCGAACACAAUCAAAACACAAACUGAUUAUCGUGGAGGAUUUUCCGAAUCUGUUUUAUAAGAAUUCCAGUCAAUUUCAUAAUAACAUUUUAAAGCCAUUUGCUUCGCUGAGCGUGUUUCCAGUUAUUUUCAUCAUUGCUGACAGCGCUUCACGGGAAAGGAACGUUAACAAUUUAUUCCCAAAGUCACUAAUUCAGGAGCUCAAUAUUGGUUACAUAUCAUUCAAUUCGGUUGCUACUUCGUUCAUGGUUAAGUUUAUGACUACCAUUUGCUCUAAGGAAGGAGUUGAUGCAGAUAAGUCUGUGUUGGAAGCCAUUGCAAAUGCUAGUGGAGGGGAUUUACGAUGUGCAGUGAAUACUUUACAGUUUAAAUUUACUCCAGCCGAUUCGCCACUAGAAUCUCCAAAUUUCAAGGCUUUCAAGGCUCCCCUUGGGAAAAAGAUAAAAUGCCCUCCUCUAAAAGAUGCGCAUAAAUUUUCUGAUGUGGAGAAAGAUAAUACGCUAUUCAUUUUUCGAGCUCUGGGAAAAAUUUUAUACUCCAAAAGAAAUGUUCUGCAAAACGUCGAACUAAACAAUGACGUUCCCGAGUCAGCUGAGAAAUAUCUGCGUCAUAAUCCAUUGGAAGACGAUCCACAGUGUGUAAUUGAAAAAAUGGAGGUCUCAGCGGAUACAUUUAUAAACUUUCUACAGCAAAAUUAUACUCCUUUCUUUGGGUCCAUGGACGAUGUCGUCUUAGCAAGUGAAUUUCUAGCCGAUUCGGAGUUCUUACUCUCACGUUGGCCGUUUGAUGCCAGUGGAACGGCAUCACGGAGUUACAAGGAAUUGGAAUCUCGUGAAGAGAUUGCUCUGUUGAUUGCUUCUCGUGGGCUGAUGUAUUGUAAUGUCCACAAAACAAAAAACCAGUGGCGACCUUUGAAUAAGCCGAUGCUGACAGAUGCACGAGUUAGAAUUCAGAAAAGUUGCGAGAUUGCUAAACAAAUAUUUCCACAUGAAGGAGCCAUACAAAUGAAUUUUUACUCUGAAGUAAUACCGUUUUAUAGCAAGUUGAUUAGGAAACAUUCGUCAAUUUGGAUGCAGGAUCAGAGGGAGUUUAUCAUGAAAUUGGGAAUCAUCGAAAGAAAAAAGCAGCCACGGGUUCAGCAUUCUCUCAGCGAAAAGGAUGCAACUGAGGACGCAAAUGAUGAUCAAAGCCAGGAAGUGGAUGAAUUAGAAGAUAUUGUCGAGCAAAAUGAAAAUGAGAAAAUACAAAUUGAUCAGCCCACAAUUGGAGCACAAUAUGAAGAAGAUCUCGAAGAAUAUGAAAUUGAAGAUUACAGUGACGAAGAGAAGACUUAAAUGUGAUGAGAAUAUUUGCUCAGAAUGUGGUCUAUUUUUCGUAUUUAAAACUGUUAGUUAAGAAAUGCUAAGUACUGAAUUAUUUACAUUUAUAUUUUAACCGUGGGGGUAAAAAAUGUAUACGCUUUAAUGUCAGUUCGUUUACUGGGAGUCAGAAAAUUCGAGAUUAAUUAAAGUAAACAAGAUUUAUUAGGCAACAAU